AUGUUCAAGUUUGUGAUAGGGAAAGUGGUGAGCCCCAUGCGGCUAUACACAUCUACGAGUUCAAUAAGAAGAAUUACACUGGGAAAUUUUGUUAAUUUCAAUUCUUUUUGGGUUAGACCGUUGUUAAUAUCAAUUCCUAGUCAACAAAGAUAUGCUACCUUAAAUCAGAUAAAACGAGGCGGAGGAAAGAGAAGGAUUAGGCGUGCGACUGAAUCGCCUGACUUGGAAAUGUGCCCUCUUAAAAAAGGUGUUGUUGUUCGUGUAAUGAUUUUAAAGCCUAAGAAACCUAAUUCAGCCCAACGAAAAGCUGCUCGAGUACGUCUUUCCAAUGGUAAGGUAAUAUCAGCAUACAUUCCCGGGGAGGGCCACAAUGCACAAGAACAUAGCGUAGUAUUUGUCAGAGGUGGUAGAGUAAAAGACUUGCCUGGCGUUAAGUAUCACCUUGUUAGGGGAGCCAUGGAUUUGAGCGGAGUUGCCAACAGGGUCAAUGCACGAUCCAAGUAUGGUGUUAAAAAGCCUGCAAAGGAGUAA